AGUAUAUUUACGGUAUCUUUUUUAACUGAGACGGUAGAUUUCGGUAUAUUUCUGAGGGUCGGACCGUAUAUCUUAUCGAUAAAUCCGCGGUCACACUGCCGACACGAUAAUAAUUCAUAGCCGAAUUUAGCAAACGGCUCAGCUUUUGCUGGCUGAAUCCCAACAAUACCGACCAUGACAUCCAUCCUGGACAUGAAGGCCGGCCCGCCGGACUACUGGGCCGAGAUCAGCAACUUCUUUCUGCCGCUAAAAUAUCUAAUAACCAACGACCGGUUCGAUGCGUUUGUCCAGGAUAUUGACUUGUAUUACCUGAUAAAUGCUGUGUUUUGGAUAUUUGUGGCUCUGUCCUGUGGAUUCUAUGGGUUUCAGCGUGUUUUUCAGUUCUUCCUCAAGUCGUCGAAUAUGAAGUACUUUAAGCGCAAACAAUUCGCGAGACUGAUUUGGAACAUCGCCUUCUAUGCAGCCAGCUGCCUGUUCCUGCACUUCUACAAUGAGUUUAUGAUACUCCCCCAGCUGAUGAAGAAUCAGGGACGAUACUCGCUCUUUUAUUCGUCGGAUAAUCUCAUCUUCUACCGGUCCCAUCAAUUGGAAAAGUUUCAGUUUUACUCAAUUUUCAUCAUCACCUUCUACCUGCAUGGAGCCAUGCUGGACUACAAGGAGGCGGACUUUCUAGAGGUCGGCUCCAAAGGCCUCUACCUGUUGGCCCUCGUGGCCAUCGAUGUGUACAGAUAUGAGAACUAUUUUGUGGGCCUGAAUCUCACGCUGGGGCUGUACAGCAUACUCACCGAAGUGCUCGCCCUGCUCUCCCUGCCCAGCUCAAAUCGGAAUCGGCUGGUAUAUCAAAUGUUCCUUGGCCUGAGGAUCGCAGCGUGGGCGCAUGUGUUCAUCAAUCUGCUACCCUUCAAGUAUUUCAUUCCCACUCUCUUUGCGAAGAACUUCAAGUUGCCUCUAAAUGUAGCCAUUUGGCUGUGGUACGGUCUCUCCAUAUGGAACUCCCCGGUGCUGCAGUACUUUUACCAUCAGAUAUAUCAUUCGAAUCCAUCGGAUUGCUCCGGUGAGGGAUCUGCGGCGAAAUGCAUCCUGGUCAAGGACUCCAUUGAGUACCGUCACUACAAGACGCUAAAAAAGGCCUAUCUUGAGGUAAAACUGGCCCAUGAAAAGGCCACGGCUAAUGCCAUGCCAGCCAGCGAAUCCACCUCGGCCUCGGCUAAAACCUUUCAGGCCAUCAAAUGCGUAAUGAUGCUAAAGCGUAAAUUGAAGCGUAUACGGGAAGGACGUGGACACGAGCCGGAGGAUGACAACGAAGAUGUGACCACUGAAACCUAAUCUUCACUAGCAACUGAACCUCGCAAUUAGAAAAGACACCACAACUCACAUAAAAGCAUAGAGACACAUUUCCUUAAACCAAAAAAGACAAAGUUUUGCAUAGGCUAAAAUUCCACCAAAAAUUAAACUACCUCCCACUCUCUCUCUCACGCUCUCUCUCUCUAUAUAUAUAUGUACUUAAAAUACUAUAUGUAUCUUUCUCUCUAUCACAAACGCCUGGCAAGAUUAAUUACAGUGUGUUUUGCCAGUGCUAAGCGUGUGAAAUCUAUGAAGUUUGCCUGAGCUAUCCAUCCUUAUACUGUUUUAUGCAUAGUAUUUAAACAAUUGUUCCUCAUAUUUAUUGGUUCCUCAUUAUAAGAGCAAAACGCAAUGCAUUAAUUAACCA